GUCAGCACAGAGGUAACGGUAGACAAAGGAAGAGAAGAGUGCACAGUAGAGGCACCACAUGCAUCCAUCGCCCUGAUUCUAUUACACGCAGCAAAAAUGGAGCUCCAGGUUUGUCACUCCUGCGGAUGGUCCAAAGUGACAACUUACCAGGGCCUGAGAAUUCACCAGGGGAAGAUGGGAUGCACCCCGAAGGGUGUGAGGGUUUCAGACCCUCCACAGCAUUACACACAGAGCUAUGUGGGACACACAAAAACUCAAAUGGACCUCAGGCUAGAUGUCUGCACCUCUUUCAAGAUUGAAACAACAGAAUAUUCAAACCUGAGCCUCCAGGUUUGUCACUGCGGAUGGAAUAAAGUUACAACUUACCAGGGAUUAAGAAUUCACCAGGGGAAGAUGGGAUGCACACCAAAGGGAGUGAGGAUCCCCCAAAAGGAGCAGUACAAAUGCAAAAAUCAGUGGGAGGAGGACACGGAAUACUGGAAACCAGCUAAGAAGGCGACUGUAAAGGAAGAGAAUUUUCCAGAGUCACCAAGCGUGUACGGCUAUGCCAACUCUGGAGCAACGGCCAUAUUCAAGGAAGAAUACAAACUGACAGCUUCUGCAUAUACACAGCACUACUCCCAAAGAGCCAGAAAGUCGCAGCAUCAGCUGCAGGAACACUCCACCCUUCCACAGGUGAGCAGGCCUGCCAGGGAGCCUUCAGCACUACCAUACCCAGGAAAUGUAGUCAGGCCUAAGGAGAAAAAAGUAAAGCAGAAAACAUUAUCACAGAUAGAAAACAGCAGCACGAUGGUAGAAUACCUGAGUGUUGACCUCUGUAGAGACUAUGCAACAACAGCAACCAAAAUCAAGCAGGAGCCCAAAUCACCACUUCACACAACUCCACAGCCAUCUUUCCAAAGAGCCAGCCGUCGCCUGCUGCAGGAGUUCCCCCCUGGUUUAGAGGUACAAAGAUCCUUGCCUCCAACUCCUCCACCACGGGAACAAACAGUGCUGCCUAUGAAAAAAGACAGCAGGGAGCAAACACAGAUAAACAGACCUGCCAGGCAGCCUUCAGCACCAUCAUACCCAGGAAACAUAGUCAGGCCUAAGAAGAAAAAAGUGAAGCAGCAAACAUUUUCACAGACAGAAGACAGUAGAGAAGUGGCAGGAUAUCUGAGCAUUGACUGCUGUGCAGACUAUCCAACAACAACAACCAAAAUCAAGGAGGAGCCCAAGUCACCACUAGCAACCCCACAACCAUCUUUCCAAAGAGCCACCAGCGGUCAGCAGCAGGAGGUUCCCCUGGAAGCAGCAGUGAUGCUCAAAAAUCAAGAGAGGAAGGAUCAAACACAGAAUUCACCAGGACCAGCAAAGACAAGCAGCAGUAACAGCUCUGCAGCAACGUUCAGAGAGGAUGAAUACGAAUCAGCAGCUUCUGCACAACGCUCCACCCAAAGAGCCAAUAACUCAAAGUCAGACCAUCAACUUUACGAGUUCCCCACCCUUCCACAGGUGACUGCACCUGCCAGGGAGCCUUCAGCACCACCAUACCCAGGAAAUGUAAUCCAAUCUAAGGAGGAACAAAUAAAGCAACAACCAUUAUCACAUGCAGUAGACAGUAGUGCAAUGACAGGAUAUAUAAACAUUGACCCAUCUGCAGACUAUGCAACACCAGCAGCCAAAAUCAAGGAGAAGCCAAAAUCACCACCCCCAACCUCACAACCAUCUUUCCAAAGAGCCACCAGUGACCAGCAGCAGGAAUUCUCCACAGGUUUGAAGGUUAGAAGAUCUGUCGGAGAACCUCAAAGUACUCGAGAACCGGAAACAGCAGAGCUGCUAGAAAAGAAAGAGACGAAGGAUCAGAGACAGAUGAUGAGUCCAGCAACCACAAACCCAGCACCAGCAGGCCAAGCUGAGGAAAAUCACACACAGAAUCCAACAUUUUCACAGGCAAGCAAAUCAGCCAGAGACCACCCGACAGCACCACCUCCGGUCCCGCCGAAGAAGAAGCAUUCGGCUUUAUUCAAGGAAAGGCUGGAGAGGUUCAAAGCUGAAUUACAGCCAAAACUUCAGAUGACAGAGGGGAAGAACUGUGAAGUCAGAGCCUGCAGACCAGAGAACGUUUCAGAUGUAAUGAGUGCAAACACACAAACAAGUCCUGCAGCAGCGGACGUCUCACUGAAGGACAAUCCAACACAGUUGGAUCGCGCUGCAGAGGCUGAACUCUCCACUGGUGUGAAGGUGAAGGAACUCGCCCGCAUGUUUUCAGCCAAGGAAACGCUGAUUUCAACAAAGGAGAAACACGGAGCCAACCAAAAACCAUCUCAGGUGAAACUGCUGGCUCAAAGGUUUUCAGUCAUUUCUGCCCAGGAAACAGCAGCCAAAGCAAAGGAGGAGCACGGGGAGGAGCAGAAACCCACACAGAUGGUGACAGAUUCAAAAAGCAAUCCCAUUGAAAUCAAUUCUGCAGCAGCGAAAGCAUCACUAACAGCAGAGAAGGAUCCCAAAUUAUCGUGUGAAAAUGCACCACUCUCAGAUUUCUCCUCUGGUUUGAAGGUGAAGGAUCUGGCCCGGAUGUUUUCAGCCAAUACAACACAGGAGAAAACAAUCGGACUAAAAGAGAAACGGAGAGAAGAACAGAAACCUGCAAACGGGGUGAAGCUGCUUAUCCAGAAGCUUUCAGCCAGGGAAACUAAAGAUCAUCAAAAAGAGAAAGACCCAGACAUGAAGGAUCGAAACCACUCAAAGUGGAUAUAAUGCUGGAUCCGGGCACAGGGAAGCAAGUGAGAGCCAGAGAAGAGAAGCAGAAAGCUCCAGAGGCUUAGAUGUAAUUCAGCAAUCUGCUUGGGCUCAGCUGCCUGAUCCAUGGGAAAUCUUACUGGGAGGUGGAGGUUAGCAACACGAGCAUCUGGGUGUAAUAAAAGCCAGCACAAGCCAUAAGGAGAACCUCUCACAAAACCCCAAAAAUGAUUCCUGGGUGAUCGCACAAAGAUGACAAAGUCUGCACAGUCCUCACAGAACCACCUGCUUCCUUUGCCCAAAGGAAAACCUCACAAACGUUGGAGUUUUUUUGAGUUACGAGGAAG